AUGGCCAACCCAACGGCAUCUGGAGCUUCACACCAGCAAAUAGCCUUCUUCCGUCGAACGUUAAGAACGUUCUGCCCGGGCGCAAACACCUCCAUCGAGCCAUUUGCAAAGGAACUGUACACCACUCGACCACCGACGUCCAAAACGAGUCUCCGCCAACGCACGCUCGCCGAGGCUGCACUUGAGCCCGAGGCCCAGUCAGCGCUGUUUUCAGGCACAAUCGGCUCUUUUUCCCCGAUCCUGACAUCCCGAUCGCCGAUCGGUUCGCAUUGGAGUGUUGGUUGCGUUGGGUCGGCGCGUGACGCGUUUGGUGUCGCUGCAGAGCGUUGGUUGGCGCCUCCAUCUUCUCGCGCACCAUCCGUCGUGACCAUGAGCGCCACCGCCGACGACGUCAAGGCGAGGCUCAACCAGCUGCGCGCAGACAAGGCGCUUCUGCAGGCUCAGCUCGAGUCGCUCCGUCGUAUCCCAGACGCCCAUCCCGAACCUCGCGACACACUCGAUGCAGAAAACGACGAGCUGGGCCACCAGCUGCGGGCGCUCGAGGAAAAGGCCAUCCUCUACCGCUCGGCCGCAUGGACGUGCUUUGAGAUCGACCUCGAUGUGGGCAGACGUGCCCGUCUCGCCCGGCGCAACGAGUCCGCCACCGCCGCAGCCGACAAGGACGCCGACCUUGCGCUCGGCAUCCGACUGGACACCUUCUGGCGCGGCCGCUUCUACGAGCCCUACUACCUCGUCUUGGCGCGGCCGAGCCAGAUGCUCGAAUCGCUUCCCCAGCUCCAGGGCACCACGGGUGCAGAUGUCGAGCCGUCGUCGCUCGAUGGUCUGCGCCUCAUCAGGCACACGGUGCCGCAUUUCGUGCCGCUGCUCAAGCUCGUCGAAAAGUACCUCCCCAGCGUGCUCGGCGGCGAGCUCUCCGGUGGCGCUCCCAGUGCCGCUAGGGACAACGAGGCGGGAGGCCUGACCAUGCUUGCGCAGUUUAGCGACUUGCCUGGCGUGCACGCGUUCCUGUCCGACUUGCACUGCCAUCUGCAGGCGUACGUGUCGCGACGACAGCAGGCCAUGGCGCUACGCCAGCUCAAACUUCCCGGUCAAAAUGCAAACGCGAGCGCACUCGAGGCGUUGGGCACCGAAGCGUUUGACAUGGUCAAGAUCACCUGGGAUAUCCCAUCGGCGUCUGCCGAGGCGGCCGAGGAUGACGAGGACGAGGUGGCGGCGAAUGCGACAGCGGCAGCGGUGCAGGCGGUAGCCAAGCGCAAGCGCGAGGUGCCACACGACGAGCCGACGUACCAGCUCGAGGUGGUCGUGCGCUACGCCGAUCUGCAGACCGACAGGCUUGUCGACGACACACGCCCCACGGGACUCUUUAGCAUGACGAGCUCGUCGGACGAAGAAGAGGGCGAGUUUGAUGGGUUGAGGAGGCCGUAUGGACACGUGCGCGUGCACAUGCUCGAGUACGCGCCCGAACUCGAAGCGCGCCAACGCCGCACACCCGGCAUCUCGCGUGCCGAGCUAGGUGCGCUCCGACCCGAGGCGGUGCGCAGGCAGGAUCUGGAGCUGCUGUAUGCGCAGGCGCACGACGGCGAGGCCCUCGACAUGGACGACGCAUUCCAACGCGUGGCGCAGCGCGUCUGGUCGCAGCGUGCAAAGUCCACAGUCGAGUGGCAGUGCAACGUUUGGAUGUGGGGAAGUCGUCGUCGACGCAGACUGCUAAAGUCCGAGAUAGCGAUGGCUGUAGAUCCAGCAUUGUACAGGAAGAAGGCGCCGGACUUUCGCGAGCUCGCGCGCAAGCACCCGACGUUCGCCAGGAUUGUGAGCGACGAUGGAGGCUACGAAGCCAAGAUUGACUUUCAAGAUGCGCAUGCCUUGAGAUGUCUGGCAGAAACGCUGUUGCUGCACGACUUUGGCGUGCAGGCAACGCUGUCGCCCACGAACCUUUGCCCCACCGGCUCUACUUCGUCAAGCGAAGCAGUGGUGGGGUUGGAUAUCGGAACCGGUGCGUCGGUCAUCUAUCCUGUGCUCGGAACGCGCUGUUUCCCCCACUGGCGAUUUGUCGCCACCGACACCGACGAAGCGAGCCUGCAGUAUGCAAGUACGCACAUUGUGGAUCGGGCGAGCAACGGGCUCGGCGACCGUAUUGCAUUGCUGCACUCGGAUGGGGAGGCUUUUGUACCUGAAGGAAAGGGGUGGAAGCAGGUAGGCGGCAAGUACGAGGCGCAAGAGGCGCACUUUACAAUGUGCAAUCCGCCCUUCUACUCGAGCGCGCACGACAUGCAGCGAUCGGCGAGCUUCAAGAGCCAACCUCCAAGUGCGGUGUGUCACGGUACCGCGUCCGAGAUGGUGGUGGAUGGAGGCGAGGGUGAGUUUGUACGGCGCAUGCUGCGCGAGAGUGCGGUGCAGGCAGGCGUGGUGUGGUGGACGUGCAUGAUGGGCAAGCUGUCGAGUGUGGUGGAGCUGGCAGCCGAGCUCAAGGCCAUGGCAAAGAGUGGCAAUGUCGGUGGAUGGGGUGUGCACGAGCUGCCGACCGGACGAGGAAGGACCAAACGCUGGGUGGUCCUGUGGUCCAGGACUCCAAUUCGACUGCCUGACCCUCUGGCAAGGGAGUCUCUUCCGUCUGCGGUGCGAGACCUACCCGUCGCAACGGAAAGAAGGAGCAAGGUGUUUGCGCUCGGACCGAAUUGGACGCGCAGGGAGGUGCAGCACGUCGCCCUCGACAUCCUCGACGCGCUGGACGGAUGCCACGUCUACGCCUCGGACUGCGAUGACUCUGCGCAACUUGCUGGUGCACUCGAUGUGGUGGUCUCAAGCGAGUGCUGGACCCGCCGCGCCCGACGCGCCAAGCUGCAGACCAACCCAGUCCCCACGCAAGAGGCCCAAGCAAAAAGCGGGAUCCUGCUCACGGCUCGAAUCACAGUCGGCGAAGCUCACGAUGCGGGGAUCCAAGUGCGUAUGCACUGGACGUACGGCAUGGACGCGGCCAAGUUCGAGUCGUUUGCCAUGUUUCUGAUUGCUGCUAUCGAGCGCAAAGUAGAAGAGAUGCGAUGCAAUUGA